UCUUAAUGCCGCUACAGUCGCCGCGCGCAGGCACGACCUUUCGUGCGAGCUUCGAUAUGUCAUGCAAAAGCUCGGGAGAUCUCACACCGUGGAUGAUACUGCUUGGUGCCCUGAAAGUCAAGUCUACCACAACUACGGUAUACGUUUCGUCACGCAGGUGCGCUCCUACCUCGACGACUACAUGCACCGCUCUGUAGAUGCACUGCGCAUCAACCCAAGUGGUGUGGCGGUCACCACAACCUCUGUACUAGGUCCCAUGCUCGUCGCGGUUGGGUCCUGUGCGAAGUGCCAAACCAUUGAAAUGGAAAGCUUCGUCGAAAUGGUAGAUCGCUAUGCAAAUGUGAUUGAUGCCGCAGUAGCAAAGGUCGAAUUAAAGACGUGAAGACGAUGAUUUAUGUGCUCCGUGCGCUUGCACACUGCAACUUCGGACCUCGUGCCAUACAUGCCUGGCUAGAUGUAAUCUUUUUGUGCUGAAUGACGGAUGCGGACUUGACCGGUAGAUGUGGCCGGGGCAUGAUGGUAACGGAAGACAAAAUGGGCAAUAGGACGUGCCCAAAAUCUGCUAUCAUGGGUUCUCAUCGGUGUAGCGACUACAUGUUGUCGGCAUUUACUUUCAAAUGAGACACGAUGUCACUCCCUGUCACACCGAGUUGACGGAUAUAGGGGAGAAGAUCU